GGCUUCCCUCUCUCAGGAUGCUGCAGCCGGAGGGCCCCCAGGCCUCGGGGGAGGGCGGCCACUGGAGGAGCGACUGCAUCGUCUGCUGCUCGGCUUACGAUCUCUCCGGGCACCUGCCCCACCGCCUCCACUGCGGGCACACUUUCUGCCAGGCGUGUGUGCGGCGGCUGGACGUGCUGGCGCCCGAGCAGCGCUGGAUCCCCUGCCCGCAGUGCCGCCAGAGCACGCCCACGCCUCGGGGAGGGGUGGCCAUGCUGGACCUGGACCUGGCUGCUUUCCUGGCAGUCAAGGCUGAGCGGGAGCUGGCAGGAGUGGAGCCCCAGCCCCUCACCUCCCUCAAAGGCGGCACCAUCACUCAGCAGCCGGCGGGGCUGUGCCCUGCCCUGGGCCCCCAGCCCCACUUCCCUCGGCCCAGACACUGCUGCUGGGGCUGUGGCCGCCUCUGCUGCCCACCCCCAGGCAGCCCCGAGGUCUGACUCCGGCCAU